CUCUCCCCCUUGCGAACGAAGGCUCAUCGGAAAGAACUGUUACACGACGAUGGAGGCGACACUGUCACCAAAAUGGCUACUUAUAGAGGAAUCUCUUGGGGGAAGACCAAAGCUUACCGGACACCCUCUUGAUAUGAGAAAGCAGUAUAAGGCCUUCACAGACCAAGCAAAUGCUAUGCACGUCAAGACAGCCAACGUAGUAGUGGAGGACAUGGUAGUCUCACCGCAUUUGAGUGCACGUGUCUACGUUCCGGUUACGUCAAAUGAGAGACUGCUACCCGUUGGACUUUACUAUCACGGGGGCGGCUGGUGCUGUGGAGACUUGGAGUCAGAGGACAGUCUGUGUCGUCUGGUCUCUGAAGGGAUGCCCUGCGUUAUUAUAUCCAUUGGUUAUCGCCUAGCACCUGAACACAAGUCUCCCACCCAGCUGAACGAUGCCGUGGACGGCUGGACGUGGGCAUUUGAGAAUGCAUCCCUAUGGAAGGGUGAUCAACGCAAAUACUUCACCAUCGGUCAAAGUGCAGGUGGCAAUCUUGCACUAGCGGUCGCCAACAGGCUUCUCGCGCUAGAUCGGGGGCCAGAAAUUAAGGGUAUAGUGUCAGUCGUUCCAUUCGUCGUACACCCGUCGCGCGUCCCUCCUGCCUACGCCGAUAUGUACCAGUCUUUCCGCGCAAAUGAGGACGCUCCGGCCAAUACUGCCGAAGCUAUGAAUGCUUUUCUCGAUGCCGCGGAGGCUAACCCCGACGACCCCGACGUAUUUGUUCUCCAUAGCCCACAUCUACGCAAAUUUCCUCCGACGUAUAUCUCUGUGUGCGGGGUUGACCCCCUAAGAGAUGAUGGAUUAAUUUUCGAUAAAGUGCUGCGUGACCUCGGCGUUUCGACGAAACUUGACCACUAUGAAGGGUUGCCGCACGUAUUCUGGGCGUUCGGUUGCGAGCCUCCGGACGGAAGCUUCAUAAACGACCUGCUCACUGGUAUUGGGUUCGUCUUACAGGCAGAAUCUUGAUAGCCGCCAAUUUGGGCUUUACCGCGGAAGGGCAUAUUGCGUCCACAGUCCAGAGUCUGAGGUUCUGCGAACUUUCUUAGCUUAUCAUAUACUAGUGUGU